ACGUUCAGUUUGUUCCGUGCGCUAGCCGAGCUAGCACCUCCGAGUCCGGGUUGUCCGUAGUCGUUCACAGUGUCGAUUGUAUAUUGCAGCUGACGGAAGAGUUCGAGAGCAGUCGUGGGAUCGUUGAGUUCAGCGCGAUGUUUGCGGCAGUGGAAGCUUCGCCAAGGAAGAGUGCAAUAAUUCGUGUCAUUUGAUGUGGCACAGUGCAAUUGGACAGUGAAUGAAGCAAUAAAACCUAUUAGUGAUUGGGGUUGAGUGAGAAAAAGGAAAAAAGAAGAGGAAGAUGGCCCUAGUAAACUACACACUGCCAUUUGGUAGCAUACAGGCUCCGGCUUGGGCUACUGUCAGUCCGAUCCAUAGUCAGCAUGCUUCUGCCGUGAACAAUCUGCUUUACGGACCAGCUGGUCACCAGGAGGCGGACGCUAAUGAUCAUGAGUUCUACAAAAAUAGUCCCUAUUCGCCGCCGCAGCAGCAGCAACAGCAGCAGUCGAAACCUCCUCAGCAGAGUUCUCAACAGUAUCGGCAAGCCCCCAGAAACAACUACUUGCCCCCUCCGCAAACCUACCCGCAGCAAAAUACGCAGAGGCAACAGCAACCCGCCUACCAGCAACCUCAACAAUCUCCGAGAACCUACGGGGAGGGUUCGUACUCCCAAGUUCCUUCACGAGCCGGUGGCAAUCAGCAGCAACAGCCACCGCCACCCCAGCAGAACAACGGGUUCUACAAUCCGAGCUACAACCAGCAGCAACCUCCGGUGAACUACAACGUUCCGCAGUCACCUCCGCAGAACACCUACCGGAACAACCCACCACAGCAGGUUCCCCAGCAGCCACCACCCGCGUCGAACCGAGUUCCACCUCCACCGAUCAACAGUGGCCGCGGCAUCAGCAGCACUUCCGCCGGGAGUGCCGUCCCGGAGCGGCCACCCGGCUUCGUCAAAGUGAACGCCGGCCAAGGUUCCCGCCAAGUGCACGCCGUGCUCGAUUACGACGACGACGAGGGAGACUACUACGACGACGAUGAGGACAGCGGUUCCGACCGAGUUCCCGAUAAUCGGAAAAACCCUCGCAUGCCCACGGUAACGCCCAUCCAGGGGCCCAUAUUUCUCAAAAAUGGAACAGUUCCUGUCGUGCCAUUAUUCGCGUAUCCUCAAGUCAGCAACGGAACGUUCGUCCAGAUACCGAUCUGGUGGACGGCCUUGUCGGUAGCGCUUGGUCUCAACGUGCGAGGUGAUGUGAUCAAAGGUGUUCCUUGUGUUAAGAAGAACCAUCAGCUGUUCUGCCCGACGGCGGGCAAUACCUACCCAAUAGACAAAAUUGAAACGUUCAUCGACGAGAACAAGGCCCUGAUGAAGCGAAUGUACGGCGAUUUCGAGAUGACUUCGAGGUAUCCACCGCUGCAGCAGCCGGGCCAAACGGGGGGUCGGAAGCGGAAACGGCACCUGCAUGGCACGGAUGACCCCUUCACGAUACUGCCAGAGCUGAUGGAUCUGUACGGGGCGCCGGGGUCGGCGGACGAGCCGGACUUGUACGUCAACGGUGGGGAGUCGUACUUUGGGAAGCUGCGCAAGAAACGACAGAGCACGGGUCGCAAUGGAUCGAGUGGUUCUGGGAGCGGGUCCGGAAGCGGAGCUGGAAGUGGAAAUGGGAACGGAAGUAGCAGGACUAAUGGGCGGCAAUCGUCAACGGAUAGCAGCGGGGAGAGUACGGGAAGGGUUGAUGCCUGUGAGUCCAAGAUCGAAAUUGUUACGCCGUACUGGGCUUCCAAUUCAGCGGGGAAAGUCCGUGCCAUCGUGAAUACGCAACACUUCGAGCAGGCUAUUCAUCAGGAGGUGUGCUCGAAAACUCAAACGUCCCGCUGUUCCGGGGAUUGUGGUUGCGAGCAAAAGUACAAAUGGCACCGACUACUGGCGUACGAUCCGGACAACGACUGCAAGGGUAUCUUCAUGGACUGGUUCCUGUUUCCUUCGUGUUGCGUGUGCAGGUGUAAUCCUUAAGUUAAGCAAUAGAGCAGUUGAUCAGAACAUUAGAACACCACCCGUCCAUCGUUUGAUGGUUCGCGAAACAAAGUCUUGUCCUUUUAGUUUGUUAGUUUAUAAGUGCGCGUGUUGACCCCCAAUAUCGGAGUGAAUUCUAUGUGCUGUAUGCGUUUCUCUAGUGGUAGAUGUAAGGAUAAAACAAAUGCAAGCGUAAACGAAACUAUACGAAAGAGAUUCAAACCAUCGUUUAAAAGUAAAAUCUAUCAUUUUAAGUCAUUGCAGCGACGCUCGCUGAUAGUUUACCAUUUAAGGUUACCCGAUCUGGACCAAAAUACGGCCGAAGACGCCGAAAUUUGCUAGCUGAAGAUUCGUUACCUAUUUAGGAGAAAGAAUAGACGAUUUUUUAUGCUAAGUUAUGCUCUGUAAAUAAUGUAGAUUAAAUUAUUUCUACGACUA